AUGAGGAAGAAGCUCGACACCCGCUUCCCCGCGCCUCGGAUUAAGAAGAUCAUGCAAGCAGAUGAAGAUGUCGGCAAGAUUGCUCUAGCUGUACCUGUUCUAGUUUCCAAAGCGUUGGAGCUAUUUUUGCAAGACUUAUGCGAUAGGACAUAUAACAUCACUGUUGAAAAAGGGGUCAAAACAGUGAGUUCAUCACAUCUGAAACAGUGCAUUCAUAGUUACGAUGUGUAUGAUUUUUUGAAGAACGUUUCUAGCAAAGUUCCAGAUUUGGGUGCACCUGAUUCUAGUGUUGAUGAUAAGCUUGGCAAAAGAAGGAAACAUGGUGAAGAUGAAAGCGAGGAGGAAUCGAAGCGGACAAGAAAUGAGGCAGCAUGCCACACAAGCAACGGCAGAGGGCGUGGGAGGGGACGUGGGAGAGGUCGCCGUGCUGGGCGUGGAGCUGAGAGGGAGAUUGAACACCAUGAAUUAGGUUGUGCCCAAUUUAGCAAACCAGGCCACCUGAAGGUAGAGAUUGGAGACGUUGUUCUGGACACAAGUGAAACCAAAGAGCAUACCCCUUUGAGCAAUGCCAGGGCCUCCUUAAGGAACAUUGACUUGAACUUAGAUCUUGCUGACUACGAGGAGGAUACAGUGGCGCCGCAAGUCCAGCCUUCAGCUCCUGUGGUGACCGUGGCACCGCAAGUCCAGACUUCAGGACCAUCGGUUUCACAGUUGAAAGAAGAAGUGGAGACCAAGGAUUUCCUGGGCUGGCAAAUGCCUGAGAUGAACAAGAUGGCCAUGGACCCGGUCCAGUUUGCGUUGUCGUCAAACCAUAGAUUAGAGGAGGACGAAGACUAUGACAAUGAAGAAUGA